GUAACCAGUCUGUACAAUAAAACGUAGUGAUUAUAUUCUUUUUGCUGUACAAUUCCGAACAAAAGAUUCCGAAUAUAAUUGCAAGUUCCUCAAAAACAGUUUUCAAGAUGAGCGACCAACUAAAAACUGUGUCAGCAAUGAACAAACUCUACAUUGGAAACCUCCCGAUAGAAGCCGAUGAAGCAGCCGUAAGGCAAUUAUUUGCUGAACAUAACUUGACGGCGGCUGAUAUUUCUGUUAAGCGUGGUGGUUACGCUUUCGUCGACUUUCCGGACCAAUCUGCUGCCGACCGCGCUAUUGACAAACUUCAUGGUCACUCGUAUUGUGGCUUGCCUCUAGUAGUGGAACCUUCGGUGGCGAAUAAGAAGACCGUUACUGGUACGAGCCUACAGAGUGCCAGCGCAACCGACCUCAAGGAAUCUGGCGAAGGACCGGCUACGGGUGGCGCUUGGAGGUAA